AUGUCACUGAAUACCCCGUCCAAUCCUGCAUCUCCUCCCUCCCAGACCCUCCUUGACGAUCCUCCAACCCGCCCUGUCCCAUCCUCGCUGCCGAGCGAUCAGAUCGCUCAUGGUCCAGAUGAGCUGUCGAUAGACCGGGCUCUACAGGCCGCGCAGCCAACCGCAGCUCCACCCUAUGACAGUACACCUGACGAAUCUCCAGGCGAGAAGCACGAGAAUGAGGCGAAGCAACAAUCUCCGCCUCUGAAAUUCCAGCCGUUCUUCACACUGAUCGAAGAUGCGCAUGCAUCGGACUAUCACCACCCGACUGUUCAUUACAUUUUCUCCGAUGAUGACACCGAUAUUGUGACGGAAGCUGCUAUGCGCAGCUUGGCUGCGCAGCAGGAGAUUACAUCUGGCACAGCACAAGAUCGCACCCACACAGCUCAGCAGGGCCCGGAAGAUCACGCAGAGGACGGAAAGCCCACCCUUCUCCCUCCGGUGGUUCCGGGAGUUCAGGAGAACUACAUUGUGCUAGAUGUUGAGCCCAUCCUUGAAUACACCGAAGGGAACCCCGCAACUGACCAUCCAGCCACUAAAUCUGUGCCAUCGCCACCGGCAAACCCAUCGACGCUAGCGGGACACACAUCCCCAGGGCAGACCGCAACACCAACUCAGUUCCGUGUAACGUCCGCAAAGAGCUUUUCGCCGACGUGGCAGGUGCUGAACAGCGAGAUGGUACCUGCACCGACAUUCGAGAAUCAUGAUGCGGGCGAUGUCCUAGGGAACGGUUUAAUGCUCAAGAUCCACGGGACCGGAGGGAUUCCUGCGGACGCCGGGAAAGGCCGAGACGGCCAAGGCACGCAGAAACUGGAGGAUAUGAUGGAGCGAUUCGCAGUGAGGAUGCGUGAGUUGCAGAUGAUAAUUGACGCUGCAGAAAUGCCUCUUCUCGAGGAGAGUCAAUUGGCUGAGGGCCAGGGCGCUCCUGACACGAAACUUCCAACAGAAGAUUCCCCUGGUGAAGAAGCUUUGCAGAAGGAGACCGACGAGUGA